AUGGCCCCGACUUGCUUUCUUCCGUACCCUAAGCCCAACGCCAUCACCGUAUUCUGCGGAUCAUGUCUCGGCGACGACCCCAUCUACGGCGAGGCGGCGGAUCAACUCGCCUGCGCAUUCGUUCGUCGAGAUGCAACCCUCGUCUACGGAGGAGGCACGAAAGGCUUGAUGGGUCGCGUAAGCUCCCGAGCGCUUGACGAGGGCGGCAGAGUCCACGGCAUAAUUCCGGCCGCCUUUCUCGCCCAAGAAGCGCCCGACCGAGCAGGAACUCGACCCAACGAGCAGGAGACCAUCGUUCGCUCGAUGCACGAGCGGAAGAAGAUGAUGGCCGACCUCUCAUAUGCCUUCAUCGGACUACCUGGAGGCUACGGUACACUCGAGGAAGUUGCGGAGAUGACCACUUGGUCGCAAAUCGGGGUUCACUUGAAGCCUGUCGUCCUGCUCAACAUCAACGGGUUCUACUCGUCGCUGCGAGAAUUCAUCAACAACUCUAUCGCCGCAGGCUACAUCUCCGAGAGUCACCGCAACUUCCUUCUUACCGUCGACGGACCCGCCUCGAAGGACGCUUCAUUCGACUGGGGAGAAGCUGCAUUGCGUGCUAUUGAUGAUUGGGAGGCCAAGGGAGCAGGCGGAGCAGUACCGUACUCGUUCGAAUGGAGCGAGGACCGGAGGAAAGGGCGUGCUGUCCUCUGA